GGCGCUGCCCCUCACGGGCGCUCCCCGCGCUCGGGCGGGCAGGCACGGCGGCUCUCCCCGCCCCCGGGGCAGCGGGAAGGGGCGGCCCCGCCGCCGCCCUCCCGCCCCUUAAAACUCCCUGUUGUGCGGACGUCCAGGAGGUAGCGGAUCCUGCGGCACGGGAUGGAGGUAGCGGCGGGACAGCCGCGCUCCCUGCUCAGAGCCCUGGCCGGGCCCCGGCCCCAGGAGCAGCGCCCCGGCUGCCCCUCGGCUCCCUCCGCCAAGGCCGAGGCGCGGGUGCUGGUCAUCAACACGGGCGGCACCAUCGGCAUGGUGCAGGACUCCAAGGGGCUUGCUCCUGAGGCCAAUAAAUUAGUAAACAGUUUGAAAACGAUGCCGAUGCUGCACGAUGAGGCGUAUGCCCAGGAAACAAAAGUGAGCAACUGCCAUGAAUUCCCAAAGAACACACUGGUGCUCCCUCUCUCCAAGCAAAACAAGAGAAUUUUUUACACAAUCAUUGAGCUCUCGCCACUGCUUGAUUCUUCCAACAUGACACCAGAUGACUGGGCCAAAAUUGCAACGAAACUUGAGAAGCACUACGAGAAGUACGAUGGUUUUGUGAUCCUGCACGGUACUGAUACUAUGGCGUACACAGCUUCAGCCCUGUCCUUCAUGUGUGAGAACCUGGGCAAAACUGUUGUUCUGACAGGAUCUCAGGUGCCCAUUUAUGAGCUGCAGAAUGACGGCCGAGACAACCUUCUGGGGGCACUGCUGAUGGCUGGGCAGUUCGUGAUUCCUGAGGUGUGCCUAUAUUUUUAUAAUAAACUGUACAGGGGAAAUAGGGUGACUAAGGUGGAUGCUGGGAGUUUCAAUGCCUUUUCCUCACCUAACCUGCCUCCACUUGCAAAUGCUGAGGUUGAUAUUACAAUUAACUGGGAAACGGUUUGGAGAGCCAAUACCAAAAAGAAAUUCCGAGUUCACACCAAUAUGAACAGGAAUGUUGGACUUCUGCGGAUCUUCCCAGGAAUCACUGCUGCUGCUGUAAAAGCAUUCCUUCAGCCUCCAAUUGAGGGCAUAGUACUCGAAACUUAUGGAAGUGGCAAUGCCCCAGACAAGAGAGAAGAUUUGCUGGAAGAACUGAGAAAAGCAACUGAACGCAAAGUGGUGAUUCUGAACUGCACGCAGUGCUUACGUGGGGCUGUUAAAACAGUCUACGCAACAGGGCAGACUCUCGCUGAUGCUGGAGUAAUUCCUGGAGGUGAUAUGACACCAGAGGCAGCCCUAACUAAACUGUCAUACACGCUCAGCAAGAGAAACCUUAGCUGGGAGGAGAAGAGGCAGAUGCUGAGUGAGAAUCUAAGAGGAGAAAUGACUGUUGUACCCACAGGAGCCAAGUUCUCUUUGAGAGAUAGCAAGUUCAUUCAAGUGAUUGCCAAAUCUCUAAGUAUCAGCAGCAAAGAGGAGUUAGAAGCCGUACGAGAUGCAUUAAUUCCACCUUUGGCUUGUGCUGCAGCUAAACUGGGUGACAUAGAGGCACUAAGAGCCAUAGCCGAAAUGGGUGGAAACCUGAGCUGUGGAGACUACGACGGCCGAACUCCCCUCCACAUUGCAGCCUCUGAAGGGCACCUGCCCUUAGUUGAGUAUUUGUUGACGUCUGGCGCGACUGUUUAUGCCAGAGACAGAUAUGGAUCUACCCCACUGAUGAACGCCAUCAAGUUCAGGCACAUACCAGUGAUCAACUUGUUACGAGAAACAGGAGCACACCUUUCAAGCCAUGACUUGGAAGAUGUUGGGACAAUACUCUGCAGCCUUACAGCUAAAGGUGAUAUGGAUGGGCUGUAUGCCUGGUACCUGGCUGGUGCAGACCUGGAGCAGACUGGUUAUGAUGGCAGGAAUCCCCUACAAGUAGCAGAGGCUACAGGACAGAAGGAAGUUCUUGACUUCCUUAAACAAAAGCAAUAAGAAAGGGGCUGUAGAAGAUGGUCACUCCUCAUCAGGAAUACCAGCUUGAAGCAUUAAUGGUGUUAAGUCAUUAUGGGAGAAAGAGAGGAAAGAAACAAUAGUAGUGCUGCUUGGGGCACACAGGAAAGCUACAGCUUAGAAAGAUUCUUUAUUUAGGAUCACACUGAUUGUCUAAAAAUCGUUUGCUGCCUUUAUUUUUUAAUCACUUUUCUGGAAAUAAAUUAUUUUAAGUGAGUGAGGCUGGAAUGCAUGGCUGUUCCUGUUACAAGUUCUGAUUUUAAAGAGGCCUUUUGAAUGUUCUUACGUUAAACCACUGAGGACAGUAUUGCAGGCAUAGCAAAUGGAAAUGCUGUGGUGAAUUCAUACCAAGGAAAACCAGUGGAUUGUGCAUUUCUGGGUUUCAGCUAAUAAAAUCUCUGAGGAACAA